GGAAAUUCAUUCGAAGAAGCUGGUGAAACAUGGCAGAGAAGGAAGAAGAUACAUCUGUAUCGCGAACGUCUAAUAAAGAUGAAACCACGGAAAACUCUGCUGCUCAGUUUACCCAGGACUUGAAAAGUGUCUUGGUCACCAGCGUUUUAAACCUGGAAAAGCUGGAUGUAGACCUGUACAGAGGGACACACCACUGGGUGCCUCAGAGUCAGCGUUUGUUUGGGGGUCAGAUAGUUGGCCAGGCUCUUGUAGCUGCAGCCAAAUCUGUGAGCGAUAAUCUCUUUGCCCAUUCUCUCCACUGCUACUUUGUACGAGCAGGGGACCCUAAGGUGCCUGUACUGUACCAAGUGGAGCGCACAAGAGAUGGCCGCAGUUUUACAGUACGCUCUGUGAAGGCCAUCCAGCAUGGACAGCCUAUACUCAUCUGCCAAGCCUCUUUCCACAUGCUGCAGCCCAGUCCCCUGCAGCAUCAGUUCACCAUGCCAACGGUUCCCCAGCCUGAAGACCUCCUCACUGUAGAGGAGCUUAUUCAUCUUUAUCUCAGCAAACCGGACCUGGCAGAAAAUGCCAAACAAGGCCUUAACAAACUGCUGGCUAAUGAAGUCCCCAUUGAGAUAAAGCCGGUAAACCCACCACAGUUCUACAGGCUUUCUGCAGCUGAGCCAAAAAAGCUGUUCUGGGUGCGAGCACGAGGACAUAUAGGUGAAGGCAACAUGAAGCUGCAUUGCUGCGUUGCUGCUUAUGUAUCAGACUUUGCGUUCCUGGGAACUGCCCUUCUGCCUUAUCCCAACUACAGGGCCAAAUUCUCUGCUUCUCUGGACCAUGCCAUGUGGUUCCACAGCACUUUCCGCAGUGAUGAGUGGAUGUUGUAUGAGUGUGAGAGCCCAUGGGCAGGAGGCAGCCGAGGGCUGGUUCAAGGCCGACUGUGGAGGAGAGAUGGGGUGCUGGCUGCCUCAUGUUCACAGGAAGGUGUCCUGAGAGUGAAACCAGUUUCAGAACCCAGCAAAUUAUAAGCACAUUCCAGAUUAUAUAUUUUUUGUAAAAUUUAUUUGCAAUGCUAGAAAUGUUAUUGAUUCAUACAAUUAAUAAUUUAAGAAAAGAUUUAUGAUUGCUUAUUAAAAAUAUAUGGACUUA